AUGGCACAACCAUUUCCAUCACCUCGAGAUACCGAUAUCUCAGAUACACAACUUUCUUUGAACAAUGCAGUUCAACAAAAGAAACAACCAAGGAUCAAAUUUCUUACUUUCAACACCUGGGGUUUGAAGUUUGUCGCGAAACACCGUAAGGAGAGAUUAAGAGCCAUUGCUGAUAAGCUGGCAGGGUUGAAAGUUGGAACCCCUAUUGAAGAAUUGAAUGUUUUAAAUACAAAUGAGAAUGGCGAACAAGAAGAAGAAGAAAAUAUAGAUGAUUAUGAUAUUGUAGCUUUACAAGAAAUUUGGUGCAAAGAGGAUUGGGAUUAUAUUACUCUUCGUUGUAAAGAAAGAUUUCCUUACACCAGGAUAUUUUACUCUGGGAUCUUAACUGGUCCAGGUUUAGCUAUCUUAUCUAAGAUACCUAUCGAAUCGACUUUUCUGUAUAGAUUCCCAAUCAAUGGUCGCCCUAGUGCAGUUUUUAGAGGUGAUUGGUAUGUGGGAAAGUCUAUUGCUGUGACACUAUUGAAACCACUAACUUCGGAUACAUAUCCAAUUGCAAUCAUGAAUAGUCACAUGCAUGCGCCUUACGCCAUGACAGGUGAUGCAGCUUACGAAUGUCACAGAUCAUGUCAAGCUUGGGAUUUUAGUAAAUUAGCUAAUCUUUACAAAAAGGCUAAUUAUGCAGUAGUCAUUGUAGGUGAUCUAAAUUCAAGACCUGGUUCUUUACCACAUAAGUUUUUAACCGCUGAAACCGGUCUUGUAGAUUCUUGGUUACAACUCCAUGGGCAACAGGAUAUUAUUCAAAUAUCAAAAAUGAAUGCUGUAGAUCAAUUAAAAAUUGGAUGUACUACAUGUGAUUCUCAAUUGAACACUUGGAGAGCUCAAAGACAACCCGAUGAAGCGAAAAGAUUAGAUUAUGCUUUAAUUGAUCCAACAAAAUUGAAAACAAUAAAUGCGGGUGCAAGAUUUACUGAAAGAUUACCUAAUAUUGGAAGUUUUUCUGAUCAUUUUGCUUAUACAUGUACUUUAGAAUUAUUACCAAGAGAAACUGAAAAAUCUGGCAACAUCGAAGACGAUUUCAAACAACCAAGAAAAUUAUUAUUAGAUAGAUUUGCAUCAUACGAAGAGAUGUUACGUUGUAUCAACAAGUACAUGAUAACUGCCAAAAGACAAAAAUCACUUAGAGGAAUCCAUUUCAUUAUAUCCGUGCUAUGUAUCAUUGCUUGCCUCGUAGUGACAACGUUUACUGCCAAUAAAGCUGCCUGGUCAUCUAUAUUCUGGGUAUUAUUUGCUACUGUGGUUUCAGUUACUGGGUUAAUUGAUGGUUUGAUCUCAUUCUUUUUCGGAAGAAGUGAGAUCAGAGCAUUGUGGGAAGUCGAACAAGAAGUACAAGAUGCUGAACGUUACAUGCAAAUGGUUCUUGACAAACAACAAUAG